CUCAGUCCUGGGGGCGACUAGCGGGGGGCCAGCAUCCGUCUCCUCCCCCCCUCACCGGGCUUUGGGAAACCGCCCCCCCACACACACCCCUUCCCUGUCCCCUCCCUCGGGCAGGUGCUCCCUGCCUGCGCUGGGGGGUUCUGGGCAGGAGGGGGUUAAGGAGCUGUGCAUGAUAACAGCCCUUUUGUCAUUGAAUGAGGGGAAGGAAAAGGCUGCCUGCCUGGGAGAUAAUCAGUCACUUUCAGCACCGGGAAGCGAAGGGAAGGGAAGGGAAGGGAGCUCCCAGCGGCUGGAGCCCAGGGCAGUGGGGGGACGGGGCGCGGAGGGAAAGCGGGCGCGGGCAGACUCGGAAUUCCGGCCAUGGUCCCGGGGCGACCCGCCGGGAUCUAGGGGGCUGGAGCAGGGGAGCCGGGGGGCUGCACCUUGGGGGGCAGUGAUGCGCCAGUGACGCCAUGCGGUGGGCGCUGGUGGUGCUGUGCGGGGUCCUGUGCCAGCUGGGCAGGUCGCGGGGCCAAGUGGCCAACCUGACGCUGGCCGUGCUGCUGCCGAAGCAAAACAUGACCUACCCGUGGGCCUGGCCCCGCGUGGGCCCUGCCAUCUGGCUGGCCAUCGACCGGAUCAACCGGCAGCCGGACCUGCUGCCGGGCCACACGGUGCGCUGGGUGUUCGGGAACAGCGAGGACAAGCACGGCGUCUGCUCCGACCAGGACGCCCCCGUGGCCGCCGUGGACCUCAAGCUGACCGACAACCCCGACGCCUUCAUCGGCCCCGGCUGCGUCUACAGCUCAGCGCCCGUGGCCCGCCUGACCAGCCACUGGAAGCUGCCGCUGGUGACAGCCGGGGCCGAGGCCCACGGCUUCGACAACAAGGACAUGUUCUCCCUGACCACGCGGGCCGGGCCCAGCCACCGCAAGCUGGGUGAGUACGCCGUGGGGCUGCAGCGCCACUUCAACUGGACCCACCGCGCCAUGCUGGUCUACUCGGACGAGAAGAUGGACGACCGGCCCUGCUUCUUCGCCAUCGAAGGGCUGUACAUGCAGCUGCCCACCGUCCGCAACCUCACCGUGAGUUACAUCUCCUUCGAGGACCAAGACAAGGCCAACUACACCUCCCUAAUCCAGGAGAUCAAGCAGAAGGGCAGAAUCGUGUACCUUUGCUGCCCCCCGGACACCUUCCGCCAGCUCAUGCUACAGGCUCGGCGCGAGGGGCUCACGCAGGGGGACUUCGCCUUCUUCUACAUCGACAUCUUCGGGGCCAGCCUGCAGGGCUCCCGCUUCCCCGACCCCCAGAGGCCCUGGAGACGCGGGGACAAGGAUGACGCCAACGCCAGGGAGGCCUUUAAGGCAGUGAUGAUCAUCACCUGCAAGGAGCCCGAGAACCCCGAGUACCAGCCCUUCCUGGAGCAGCUCAAGCAGGGGGCCCGCACCCACUUCAACUUCACCCUGCAGGACGGUCUGAUGAACUACAUCGCGGCGGCCUUCCACGACGGGCUGCUGCUGUAUGCCCGGGCCGUGAACGAGACCCUCCAGCAGGGCGGCACCGUCCGGAACGCCAGCGCCAUCACCCGCCACAUGUGGAACCGCACCUUCUACGGAGUCACCGGCUUCCUGAAGAUUGAUGAGAACGGAGACCGGGAGAGCGACUAUUCACUGUGGGAUAUGGACCCCAUGUCGGGCACGUUCCAGAUUGUCUACAGCUACAAUGGCACCACCAAGAAGAUGAGUGCGGUGCCCGGGCGUGAGAUCCACUGGCCAGGGAAAGGCGUGCCCAGGGACGUCCCGCCCUGCGGCUUCGACAACAGCAACCCCCUGUGCCGCAAAGCCAGUUUAACCACCCUGGAGAUCCUCUCCGUCACGGUGAGCCUCAUCCUGCUGAUUAUCACCGUCACCUCCUUCUUCAUCUACAGGAAGCUGAAUCUGGAGAAGGAGCUGGCGGCCGAGCUGUGGCGUGUGCGCUGGGAGGACGUCCAGUCCAGCAGCCUGGAGAAACACCUGCGCAGCACCGGGAGCAAACUGACCCUGUCCCUGAGAGGCUCCAACUACGGCUCCCUGCUGACCACGGAGGGGCAGUUCCAGGUCUAUGCCAAGACGGCCUAUUACAAGGGGAACAUCGUGGCGGUGAAGCACAUCAAUCGGAAGAGAAUCGAGCUGACGCGGAAGGUGCUGUUUGAGCUGAAACAC